GGUUGACCUGCUAUCCCUGCCAUGACCGUUUCCAUCAGGGCCCUAUCUCCUGGCAGAACCGAACUCUGCAAUGACUACGCUUAGGGUUCAUCGCGCUGGAGGUCUUCAGGUGUUCUUCAUUCGAUAUGCGGUUGUAACAAACAACCUGCUAUACUAGGAAUCAAGGAGUCUUCUGCCUCCAGACGGCCCGUGAUGUCUUCAGGCAGCCCCCCAACUGCCGAUUCUACGCCUUCAGCAUCCAAGUCGGUGCUGUCGGACUCAGCCCCUGAAUUGGGCCACCCAGAACGCAACGAUGAACCCCCAUCCCCUGUCAAGCCAAAAAGGCGAAGACGGGCUGCGGCUUCGGAUGAGAAGCCCGUCAAGAACCAGAUGUUCUAUUUUGUCGAUGCGAGUUCCUCGUCACGAGAGAAACGGGCUCAUGUCAUGCGCCACCAUGUUCAGGAGAAGCGGAGGCAACGAAAACACUCGACUGCUGGCGACAACGACGGACACUCCCAACGUAACCCCUGGCAAGGGAAAUUAGAAUACGGCGACAGUGAUGAACUGCAUAGGAUACAGAGAAAUAGCGAAGAGAUUGCUACUGGCAAUAGCGCUUUGCUAUCAACAGGACCUGUACCCUUGAACCCCGCUUCCCAGACAAAUUCACCAUUUGCUUCGCCAGUCACCAUGCUCGACGCCUCCCGAAAGGACCCUUUUGAUAGUUUACCCAUGGUAUUGGGUAAAGAUGAUCUUGAGCUGGUUGAUUAUUGGACAAACAAAUUGACGUACUGGUCGGGUCAAAAUAUAUACAUGAAGAAUGCAGUUUUUCGAGCUGCAAUGAACCAUCCACUUGCUUUUCAGGCAGUGGUACUUACAUAUUGUGCCCGUUGGAGGGCGCAGCUAUACGGUGUAAAGGAUUGUCCGGCAGUUCAACAUCACCUUGGUCAGACUACCAAAGGCAUUGAGGAUAUUUUGAAUGGGUCGAUUCACAUUGACGAAGACAACUUCGCAAUGGCAUUGACCGGAAUGGCACUACAAGAGGAACGGUUUGGCAGCAAGGAAACUGCCCAACGGUAUGCAGAUAAGGCUGUACAGGUUUUUCGACCUCUGUCCGGGAGUAAUAUCCCGGUCGAGGUCUUUAUGCAUUACGUGCGAUAUGUCAUGAUUCCCGCCAACCCCGUGGUUGACGUGGAUGGCCAACGGUGGCUCCUCACGUUUCUUCGCGGCGCGGAAGAAUUGAUGGCAGAGCAAAGCAAGGAUAUAUAUAUCUCGACGGUUCCCCAACGCCGAGAAUCAUUUCAGAUGGAGGGACCGUUAUUCCCGCUGCUUUCCAGCGGGCCUUGUCCAUCGCAGGUGCCGCACGACUCGCGCAUGUAUGUGGUGCCGGGAGCUCCGACUCAGGAGAUUUGCCGGACGGCAGCAUUAAUCUAUAUCACGGCGGCGUUGUGGGAUUAUCAAGAUUCGGCGAGCAAGACCAGCCGGUUCCUGGCACAUCUGUCUGCGACCGUAAAAGCACAUAGUCUGGACCGGUAUCCGGCGGUUGAGACGUUGGUCUGGCUGCUAUUGGAGGAAGGACACGAUGCAGACCUGAAAGAUCCGGAACGGGGGUGGUCAACGGGGGAGCUGCUGAAGACGCACAAGCAGCUCCGGCCGGACCUGCAGUUUUAUUUUAAUGAGAUACUGAUGAGUUUUCUCAUGCUGGUGCCGCCGAUUCGCGGGAUCGAUGCGUUUGAGAAGGAGUUGCAAGCGACCGUGGGGUGAGAUGAUAGGACAUGAAGUGAUUUAGUGUAUUGUACGUGAUGGACCGCAGGCGGCAAUUGAUUUGAUACCAUCCUACCCUACCCAGGAACUGUUGAAGGCAACCAGCUGGAGAGCGUGCCUGUAGCAAUCACAUGGAUGUAAGCGUCAUCGAGUGGACUGCCAACUACGGUAGAGAUCGUGGUGGGCGCAUGGACCAUGGAUGAUCGGGGUGGAGCAGGAGAAUCCCA